CACCGUUUCUCUCAUCCUUCCACACUAAACCUAUUUCGUUUCAGUUAAUCUCUUUCUGCAAGAUGCCUUCCAAGAGGAACAUGUCAUCACUCAUCCUAUGCCUGUUCGCCAUUUUCCUUUUCGUCUUCUCAGCGGUCGCAUCAAGGGAACUCAAAGAUCUUUCUAAUCGUGAUCGUCGUGCCUUCAAUGGUGAUUCUCGCCUCUUCUGGGGAGGAGGUCCUAACUACUUCGGUGGUUACGGCGGUGGUUACUUUGGUCCCUACGAUCCCCGUUUCGGUAGGUAUCCUUUCUAUGGUGGAGGUGGGUUAAACAAUCCUUAUGGAGGGUUCAACAAUCCUAAUAUUGGAUUUGGUGGGUUGAAUCCUUUUGGUGGGUUCGGCAAUCCUAAUAUUGGGUUCGGCAAUCCUAAUAUUGGAGGUGGGCUCGGCAAUCCUAUUGGUGGUGGGUUCAAUGUUGGUGCAAGAGUGCCGUGAUAGGUAUUACUAAGAUGGGGAUGUAGUGAGAGGAUAUGUAAGAACCGUUCAGACAGUGCAAUUCUAUACGUACUUAAUAAUAUAAAUUUCAUCAAUAAAAUUUCUUGUUAUCAGAGGCAGGGAUGAAUAGACAGCAAAGAUGCAUGCAUGCAUGUUUUCUUGCUUCUCUUUUCUCCUCACCUUUCUUACGACAAGAGAUAGGGUUGAGCAAGUUUUAAGGUUGUGUCUGUGAUGUGUGAUUAGUUUGAGAUGUCUGAUGUACACAUAAGUUGUCAUAAAUCAUGAUUUUUUUUCUUCUUCUGCUGUAA